UGCAAAAUAAAUUAUAUAAAGGGGGAAAAAAUACAAAUUGAGUAUAUAAAUAAUGAUAUUGUACACUUGGCACAGAAGAUGACUCGUGAUGCAAGGAUGAAAAGACGUAGGCUGCGUUCCCCCGUUACGUCACAAGUAAGUGAGAUUGAGGAGGGAGUGGAAAAAGAGGAGGAAGGAUGAGCGCUAUGUAGAUAAUGUUUCUCUAUGUAGCCUGUCAUUUACACCUGCAAUGAUCUAAUGCAAAGCAAUACAGACCCUUCUCUAAAAGCCAUAAAGCAGUCCGCAAAUGUGAUGCACAGAUUUGCACAAUCAAAGCGACAUCGUGCUUGUAUCGGGUGGAUGUUAUAUUUAAACUCUCCGUGAACGGAUAUUGUGUGUAUUUUCUUCGGGUCGGUCCUGCUGGAGCUGCACCGGGCCUUUGCUAUGCAGUAAUGGAGCAGCUAUUAUUUCUUGUAAUUUUCUACUUGCUGCCUACUCUCAUCUCGUCCAUACAUAAUUCAACGACCGGAGGAUGUGCAAUCAUUCGUCCCCCCAGAGACGGAGGGAUUCGCUACAGAGGACUGACUCAGGAACAGAUCCGCAGUGUGCAGAUCUUGCCGGUAGACUAUGAGAUAGAAUAUAUCUGUAGAGGAAGCAGAGUUAUUGUGGGGCCCAAGGUCCGAAAAUGCCUUCCCAAUGGCACCUGGACUGACAUGAACCAGCUCAGCAGAUGCUUAUUGGUUUGCCCACGUUCCUGGAUGUCUCUGGAGAACGGGAGGGUGGCGCUGCUGCCCCCUGGGCAACCAGUAGAGGGCACAGUUCUUCACUACAGCUGUCAUGCUGGCUUCUUAUUGGAGGGUUUCAAUAUCUCACACUGUACCAAGCUGGGCAAAUGGGACUCACCUAAACCGUUCUGUGUCUAUGACAGUAACUAUACAGGCAAGAAGAAACUGUACAUCGGAGCUCUGUUUCCCAUGAGUGGAGGAUGGCCCGGUGGUCAAGCGUGUCUCCCCGCAGCCCAGAUGGCUUUGGAUCUCGUGAACAACCGGACCGAUAUUCUGCCGGACUACGAGCUGGAGCUCAUUCAUUACGACAGUAUGUGUGAUCCAGGAGAGGCCACUAAGCUGCUGUACGACUUGCUGUACACAGAGCCCAUAAAGAUCGUCUUGAUGCCAGGUUGCAGCUCUGUGUCUACGCUUGUGGCCGAGGCAGCACGCAUGUGGAACCUUAUAGUGUUUUCAUACGGCUCCAGUUCUCCAGCUUUAUCCAACCGCCAGCGCUUUCCCACUUUCUUCCGUACGCACCCGUCAGCAACUCUGCAUAAUCCCACACGUGUGCGGCUCUUCCAGAAGUGGGGAUGGACAAAGAUUGCCACCAUCCAGCAGACCACUGAAGUCUUUACCUCAACUUUGGAUGAUCUGGAGGAGCGUGUGAAGGAGGCCGGAAUCGAGAUAAGCGUUAGACAGAGCUUCCUCACGGAUCCCGCAGUGGCUGUCAAAAACCUGAAGCGUCAAGAUGCUAGAAUCAUAGUCGGCCUCUUUUACGAGACUGAAGCCAGAAAGGUGUUUUGCGAGGUCUUCAAAGAGAAACUCUAUGGUAAGAAGUACGUAUGGUUCCUCAUCGGCUGGUACGCAGACAACUGGUUUAAGAUCAAAGAUCCAGCCAUCAAUUGCACAGUGGAGAACAUGACGGAAGCCGUGGAAGGGCACGUCACUACUGAAAUCGUCAUGCUAAACCCGGAGACCGUCCGCGGUGCCUCCAACCUGACCUCGCAAGAGUUCCUGGCCCAGCUGAUGUCACGUCUUGGGGGAAAGAAUCCGGAAGAAACGGGUGGAUUUCAGGAAGCUCCACUGGCAUAUGAUGCUGUGUGGGCUCUUGCACUGGCCCUCAAUAAAACAGUGGCCCCUCUGAGGGCCAAAAGCUGGGCAUUGGAGGAUUUCAACUACAACAACAAGGAAAUCACUGCUGAGAUUUACCGAGCCCUCAACACCAGCUCGUUUGAAGGAGUGUCUGGUCAUGUCGUGUUUGAUGCUCAAGGUUCACGUAUGGCCUGGACUCUCAUUGAGCAACUGCAAGGUGGGAGCUACAAGAAGAUUGGAUACUAUGACAGCACAAAAGGCAACCUGUCCUGGUAUGGAAACGACAAAUGGAUCGGCCUCGGCCCUCCGGCAGACCAGACCAAGGUGAUUGAGGAGUUUCGUUACCUUUCCCAGAAGCUCUUUGUAUCAGUGUCUGUCUUUGCUGGGCUGGGAAUCCUUCUGGGCAUAGUUUGCCUUUCCUUCAACAUAUACAACAGUAGCGUCAGAUACAUUCAGAACUCUCAGCCCUAUCUGAACAACAUGACGGCGGUGGGUUGCGUGCUGGCAUUAGCAGCUGUCUUUCCUCUGGGCAUCGAUGGCCUCCAUAUCCAAAGAUCACAGUUCCCCGUGGUGUGCCAGUUUCGCCUGUGGUUGCUUGGACUAGGCUUCAGUUUAGCCUAUGGCAGCAUGUUCACCAAGAUCUGGUGGGUUCACACCGUCUUCACCAAGAAGGAUGAGAAAAAAGAGAAGAGAAAGCAUUUGGAGCCGUGGAAGCUGUAUGCGACCGUUGCAGUUCUGCUGGCUAUUGAUGUUCUCUCUCUGCUUAUCUGGCAGAUCAUGGACCCUCUGCACAUAACUGUGGAGAAGUUCACUAAAGAGGCUCCUAAAGAAGAUCUAGAUGUGUUGAUUCAGCCUCUUCUCGAGCACUGCAGUUCAGAGAAGAUGAACACGUGGCUUGGUGUGGUGUACGGCUACAAGGGACUUCUGCUGCUGCUGGGAAUCUUUCUGGCCUACGAGACCAAGUCCAUUUCCACAGAGAAGAUUAAUGACCAUAGAGCGGUUGGCAUGGCCAUCUACAAUGUAUCUGUGCUGUGCAUGAUUACUGCUCCGGUGACCAUGAUCCUCUCCUCUCAGCAGGAUGCUUCAUUUGCAUUCGCCUCUCUGGCCAUCAUCUUCUCGGUCUACAUCACCCUCGUGGUGCUCUUUGUGCCCAAGAUACGGCGUUUGAUCACUCGUGGCGAGUGGCAGUCGGAGCAGCAGGACACGCUGAAAACCGGCUCGUCCACCAACAACAACGAUGAGGAGAAGUCAAGACAGCUGGAGCGCGAGAACAGGGAACUCCAGAAGAUCAUUCAAGAGGCAUUUUCCUCUUCUCCUCAUAAGGAAGAAAGAGUGACGGAACUGCGGAGUCAGCUUGCAGAACGCCAGGCCUUGCGCUCUCGUAGACGCCCGUCUGUCCAGAAUCAGAACCAGAACCACAGCGUCCCGUCGUCUCAGGCCGAACCCCCCAACUACUGCCCCGCAACAGACAAACAGUCCCUGCCUCCGUCCUUCUCCAAUUCUUCCAACCUGUACCAGGGCGAGGGCAAACUGAGCCGAAACAACUGCCACAACAGCCGUCUGCCCCUGCUGUACAAAUGAGUCCGGGAUGGUGGAAUCUCAAGAAGGCAAUGUAAAGUUGUGUCUGUAGUUUAUGUACUUUAUUUUGAAGUCGAUGAGUUUUUACCUCCACUUUCGGAUUCCUGACCCUGACUUCCUAAUUGUUCACUUUUCAUAACUCUAUCUCAGUUAUAAAAGCACAAUAUUUUUUUUGUAAUCCACUUUCU